UUAUACUAUUAUAUUAAACAUUAGAAAUGAAAACAAAUAACUAGUCGCUCUUAUCAAAUAGCAAAUUCAUUCGAUUGAAAUUAUUGUAUUUAGAAAAUAUGUAGAAGCAAUGCUAACAUAUUGGAAAUAUAAAGCCAAAUGAAGUGGGCAACUCUGAAAUUAUUAAUUUUGCAAAUAACUUGGAAGCCAGUUGCAGUGCUACAAAUAUUCACUAGAGAAUUUCCUAAUAUAUCUUGCAUAGUUCUCCAGAGAAUAAGCCAAUAUCAUAAUUAUACCCCAAUCCUAAUGCAUACAAAUGGUGAAAGUACUACCUACAAUACACGCAAUGAUAGUGAGACAUGUCUUUGGCAUCCAAGUGAAGUGAUUACCGGUUGUCAUGCAACCAGAAAUGAUUACGCAUGCCUCGUGCUGAAUCGCAACUUACACGUGCCUGCACAAACAGUAAAAGAAAUAUGGCAAAAAGCUCAGAUACGUUGCUUGGUAGAUGGUGGUGCCAACCACUGGCGGAAUUUUCUAAGCAAACAUUGUCAAAAUGAAAUAAUGAAGCAUCCGGAGUAUAUAACUGGGGAUUUCGAUUCGAUUACUGAAGAAACUCGUAAUCAUUUCAGCGCACCUGAAACGAAAUAUCAACACACUCCUCUCCAAGAUGAAACCGAUUUCACAAAAGCAAUCCGAUUUUUACUACCUGAAUUGGGCAAGCGGAACAUUCACAAAGUUAUUGUACUUCAAGAAAAUUCGGGACGCCUCGAUCAAAUAAUGGCAAACAUAAAUACACUAUUUAAGUUACAAAGCGAACGUUUGAAUAUAUAUCUUUUGAACAGUUCAUGUUUGAGCUGGUUACUACUACCUGGAAGACAUAAAAUUAAAAUUCCCAGAGAACUAAUCGAUUGUGGACAAUGGUGUGCGCUAAUGCCUAUUGGUAGUCGAGCGAAUAUGGUUACAACUACAGGAUUAAAAUGGAAUUUGGUUAGAGCACCACUGGAAUUCGGCUAUAUGGUGAGCACAUCCAAUACAUAUGCAUCUGACGAAGUGUAUGUGGAAACUGAAAGUCGUUUGCUGUGGUCGAUGGGGUUGGAGAAAAAUGCAGAAUAAGUUGCAGUUGAGGUUUAUGCUAUUCCUACUUAUGUAAAUAAUUAUUUCCUUUACAAUGACAUUAUAUUUAAGUGUAGUUUUUGUUGGGAUUUUCGAACAUAUUUAUUAGCAAAAGAUAUUGUAAUCCCUGGCAAAUGGUCAAUAUUUAGUAAUUGUAUUUAUGCAAUACUUAUUGUCUAUAAACUCUUUACGAUUGUGACCAAAAGAAUAUUGGCAAUGAUCAGUUGUCACUCCCAUGUAUAUACAUAUAUAAAUAAUAAUUUACAAAUAAGUUAUUUAAUUACUAAGCGGCCCAUGACGCGAUGCUUAAAAUACGGCUUCAUACUUAUACUUACACUCAAAUGUUAGCAAAUUUAGACAAAAACCACCUGUAGCUUAUAGUAGAAAAACGGACAAAUAUAAGGAAAUACAAUAAAUAU